AAAGGGGUUCUUCGUCUCCAAUCGCAAUAUCCAAGAGCAGAGAGAGAGAGAGAGAGAGAGAGAGUAAGUAGAGGAGAGAGAGAGUGAGAGAGAGAGGCGCGUGGGCGGCGGCGUAGGCGGCGUCGGCGGCGGUUGGGAGCUGCGGAAACCCGCGUUUCGGCGGCGUUUGGUGUUGUAGGAACCCUAAUCGCUCCCUUCAAUCGCUUCAAUCUCUUCUCAAAACCCCCAAUCCUACGCCGCCCCAAUCUCGAACUUUGUUUGUAAAUCUUCUUUCACCCUUCGAUUUUGUGUUGGAAAAAUUAGGGAUCUGUAGCUUACCCAGAAGCAGUAUACACGAUUCGGUCGUAAAAAAGCUUCCUUUUGUAAAAAAAAUUAAUUUUUGAAGCGGCGGAGGGGAAUGAAGCGGGGGUACGCAGAAACCGCGUCGACCUCCUUCGGUCCCCCGCAAUCCAAGCUCAGAUUGAACUCAUACGGGGAGUCGCAUGGUGGGGAUGAUGAGAGCACUAAGAAUGCUCUGAGGGUGGCGGAGCAUUACAGUGCGAGGUCGAAUCAGACGCUGGAGGAGCGCGAGGCGAGCCCCAUCAUCCAUCUCAAGAAGCUCAACAACUGGAUUAAGAGUGUCCUCAUUCAGUUAUAUGCACGUCGUGGAGACUCAGUUCUCGAUCUUGCUUGUGGCAAGGGUGGUGACCUCAUAAAAUGGGACAAGGCCAAAAUCGGUUACUAUGUUGGUGUUGAUAUUGCUGAAGGCUCAAUAAGAGACUGUAGGACCCGUUAUAACGGUGAUGCAGACCAACAGCAACGCAGGAAAAAGUUCAGCUUUCCUGCACGCCUUAUCUGUGCUGAUUGCUUUGAGGCUCGCUUGGAUAAAUAUUUGCAUGAUGAUGCACCAUUUGAUAUAUGCAGCUGUCAGUUUGCCAUGCACUACUCAUGGUCAACUGAAGCACGUGCAAGGCGAGCCUUGGCAAAUAUAUCUGCCUUGCUCCGGCCCGGAGGUACCUUUAUUGGGACUAUGCCUGAUGCAAAUGUCAUCAUUAAAAGGCUUCGUGAAGCUGAAGGAUUGGAAUUUGGGAAUAGUGUUUACUGGAUUUGUUUCAAUGAAGAAUAUGCUCAAAAGAAAUUCCCAGCAUCUAGUCCUUUUGGCAUCAAGUACAAGUUUCACUUGGAGGAUGCUGUUGAUUGUCCAGAGUGGAUUGUUCCAUUUAAUGUCUUCAAAUCACUAGCAAAUGAGUAUGACUUGGAGCUCGUUUUCGUAAAGAACUCCCACGAGUUUGUAAAUGAGUACUUGAGAAAACCCGAGUUUGCUGAGCUCAUGCGAAGGCUUGGUGCUCUGGGUGAUGGAAAUCAGGACCAAAGUACGCUGUCCCAGGAUGAGUGGGAUGUAGCUUAUCUUUAUUUGGCAUUCGUGUUGAGAAAGAGAGGCCAACCGCCCGCAAACAGGAGGAACAGUAGUAUCAAUAAAGGGAAGACGUGCAUAGCAGACGACGAUAUUGAGUUCAUCAGAACCGGAGCCUGAACACAGGGAGUCUGAACACAGAUGAUUCACUGACUCGCUUUUUUCAUUAAGCGGGGCACGUGGGUGAAAUAAGUUGGAGACACCGUUUGGUCUUCCUUAGAGAGCCUACUAACAGCGACAAAACACAGAUCGGCCAAAUUUUCCUUGUGACUUAGACAAAUGACUUUGUAACUUAUCAAAAGAAGAUCUUGGUAAUUUAUAUUCUUGUGUAGUGUGUAUUCUUGAUACGAGAUUAUGAGGGCUUGUUAUUCCCUUCCUUGAGUAAGGACUGCUAAUACAAAUGGAAUUUCUGCAAAUUAUAAGAAGAAAUGUUAUGUUCUUCUGCUUGGGGAAUAAUAAGCAUUUCAUGAUUAAGUUACUGGCGUAAUGCAGCCCUUUUUAACUCUUCAGUAUUGUACAGGAAGUGUAUGAAAUAUGAUAUGAAACUGUUUCCUA